UGUGAAAACUUACUGCAACAUGCGGGACUGUUAGUGGGGUGUGGCGGUUUAUGCGCGUAUGCGCGUGCGCAAAGUGUAAUAUUAGUGUGUGUGUGUGUGUGUGUGUGUGUGUGUGUGUGUGUGUGUGUGUGCGUGUGUGUGUGCGCGCGUGUGUGUGUGUGCGCGCGUGCGUGCGCGCCGGCAGCAACGGUGUUUUGUAGAUAAUUAUGUUUACUUGUAGAUGCGACGUUUGUACUGACGAGAUUUGUUUGAAAUUCUAAGUUGAAGAAAUCGUUAGUAUAAUUGAGGAUGCCUACGUGGAUGCUUGUAGGACGCUUAUUUAGUGUAUUAUACUGUAAUAUGGAUGUGCUGAAUGUUUUUUCGCUAGUGAGGGGAGUAGGGAAGCCAGUGGGCAGACUAAACAUACAACAAACCGGCAGCUAGACGUAUGAGUCAGCCAGAUAGAUGUAAUAUAGUCUAGUGAUGAUUAUUGUUAUUAUUUGAAACGCGAAGUGUAUUUCAGUUAUCUCAUUCUGGCGAUGGUGCAAAGAUUGCCAACAUGUAUGUGGGGUGCAUGGCCUAUGCAGAUGAUAUAGUGUUGGUGUCUCCAACGGUAAUGGCAUUACAAAGAAUGCUUGAUAUGUGUACAUCUUUUGCCGACAGCAAUGGUUUGACAUUCAAUGUGAGUAAGAGUGUGGUGAUUGCGUUUGUGUAGUCAAGAUUUGUUUGUAUGGAGGAUCCUCAGCUAGUGCUUGACCACAACACGUUGCCUUGGAAGUCUCGUAUCACUCAUUUGGGGGUGAUGCUGGAUGAGUUAUGCAACAAUGCCACUGCCGUGGAAGAUAGAGUUAAGAAAUUUUGCGGAGCUGUUAAUUCUGUUGUGUCACGUUUAGGUGGUAAAGUUUUGUCAAAUCAAGUUUGGAUGAAAAUAGUAGACACUCAGCUGUUUCCAGUACUAUCUUAUGGUAGUCACCUCUGGAAUAUUGACAAAGCUUCUAUCACAAGAACUGUAGACGUAGCUUAUCAGAAAGGAAUUCGACCUGGUUUUGGAAUGAGAUCAAGAGAGUCAAUACGUGACAGACUGAAAGAGUGUUUUUGCAGAAGCUUCAGAGAAGAUCAAAAGACUCCAACUAUUAUACAUGAAACGAGCAAUUCACUCCGUAAAAUUACCUUGUACAAGGACUGUCAUGGUUGCUUUGCAGAUAGACUUGAGGGAGUUCCAUGAAUUCUUUUAAAUUUUUAGUUUAGUGUUAGUUUGGUUAUAUUUGUGCUACUUGUAUGUAUUGUGUGUAUAGUUGAUGUAUGUCUAGUCGUUGCCCCUGUGUGGGAACUGCACCAAAUUGUGGUGUGUCAAAAAUACAUUAUUAUUUAUUAUAUAGUA